AUGACUGAGCUUCUUAGAGCUCCAGAGAUUAUGAAGAAAGUCCAAGCCGAGCUGGUAGAACUCCUCGGAGAAGGUAAACCGAUGGACGAAGCUGACAUUGCCCGACUCCCUUACUUGCAGUGCAUUAUUAAAGAAACUUUCAGGAUGCACCCUCCAGCUCCUCUUUUGGUUCCUCGAAAAGCAGAACAAGAUGUUGAGGUGUGUGGCUACACUGUCCCUAAAGGUUCAAAAGUGUUGAUUAAUGUGUGGGCAAUUGGCCGGGACUCAACUCUAUGGGAAGACCCUUUGGUGUUUAAUCCUGAUAGAUUUAAGGAUUCAAAAUUGGAUGUGCGAGGUCAAGAUUUUGAGUUAAUUCCAUUUGGGGCUGGUAGAAGAAUUUGUCCUGGUCUGCCAUUGGCAAUAAGGACGAUCCCAGUAAUGCUUGGCACACUGUUGAAUACAUUUAAAUGGAAAAUUGAGGGUGACAUUGCACCAAAAGACUUGGACAUGCAGGAAAAAUUUGGCCUCACCUUGGCCAAACUUCUUCCUCUCAGAGCUGUCCCUCUUCCCCUCUGA